AGUCGAUGCUGCGAAACGUGAAAUGCAAAUUAUUGCAGUAGCAACAAACAACAAUCACUGCGGCAACAACAGCGACAACAAAACGGUUUCGCGUGUGUUGGAAAAAUAUUGUAUUUGCAAUAGCAAUAGCAACAACAAGCAGAACAGCGUGUGAGAGGGAGACACGAAAAUAUUGCGCGCCAAAAGCGAACCAAGGAUUACACAAAAGCAACAGCAACCACACAGAAGCAGAAAGACCAAAAGGGAAACGCAUCAACGAAAAACAUAAGCUGUGCAGAAGGAGAAGCUGAAAGCGAGAGAACAAAAAACGCAGAAGCUGUGCGGAGCCUCAGAAUCUGGAAGCAGAAGCAACAAACAGCGGGAAGUUAGAGCAGGACAGCAAACAAAAGCAGCUGAGAGUACAAACAGCGCCACAACAAAAACGGGAUAACAAAUCAAAACAACAGCACAAAAGAGAGCGACGCGACCUCUGGAAUUCCAGUAUCCUCUUCUCCCUUCCACACAACGCAAUUUAUUCUACCCACCACCGAGCAAAGGGGACGUGGAGAGGAGAGACAAACACCGAAAACACUUGAAGCAUUUGGGCUCUGUGAUACCGCAUUCAGGCACAGUUCAGCGGAGUCAGAGAACGAGGCCGGAGCAGCGACCAUGAUGUCCAUGAGCAGCUCACCACCGGCAACGCCGACGGGCGUGCAGACCGACUCCGAGGGUCUCAUAUUGCCCAAGAAGCUGAUUAAUCCCUGCAUGGAGAACACCGAUCGCAAGGAGCUGCAUCGAGAGUUGAAAUUCAAUGCCAGAAUUGGCAAGAGUGUGCUCAACCAGAAAUCGGAACUCCAGCGUGCCUACGACAAGCAAAAGGAGCGCCAUGCAGCCGCCGAGCAUCAUUCCCCCGAUGCAGAACUGGUGGGCGGCAUACCCGGCCUGAAGGGAGAGCUGGGCCGCGUCAUCUUGGAGCGUGCCCAGAAGCACGAGGCAGCUCAGAAGCAGGACGCCGAUGAGUCCGACGAUCGGCAGUACGUGAAUCCCGAAUAUUUGAAUGUGCGCGCCAAGCUGCGAGCGGCGAAUGGACCCAACUAGAGGAUGUUAAAACCAUCCCCUGCGCCCCGCGACUCAUCGUAUAAUUUAAUUCCUAAACCAAAUUGGAACGAAAUAUGUUUAAUGUGUGUUGACUUUGAGAACUGUUUUCAUUUUGAUAUUAUGCAAAACUAGUUGUAUUGUUUAAACCUAGCUCUAAGCCAUAUUCACCUUAGUUGUAGCCACUAACUUUAGUUGUCGUUUUCUUGGACUAAUUGAUAAAUCGAUUGCCCUUCAUUUGGACACCCCUAAAACCAUUUGUACAAAGUUUUCGUUUCUUCCAAAAAACCAAACAAAACAAAUAUUGUAUCUAGUGUAGUUAUAUGUGAACGUAUCUGACGUAUGUAUCUAUAUCUUUAUGAUUAUAUAUUAAUGGGAUCGAUAGUGCUGUAAACAGAGCAAACGUGUGGUUAGAACGUAAGACAGAGACAGAGACCGAAGCUCGGGAGAAUGAAGAGAAGAACAUUUGAAACAGAUUACAGAACUAUAUACAAUAUAAAAAUCUA